AUGCAGUUCAGAGGAAGAUGUUUCUCUACAUGUCUGAUCUACUAUACAUGUCUGAUCUCUACAUGUCUGAUCUCUACAUGUCUGAUCUACUAUACAUGUCUGAUCUACUAUGCAUGUCUGAUCUACUAUACAUGUCUGAUCUACUAUACAUGUCUGAUCUCUACAUGUCUGAUCUACUAUACAUGUCUGAUCUACUAUACAUGUCUGAUCUCUACAUGUCUGAUCUACUAUACAUGUCUGAUCUACUAUACAUGUCUGAUCUCUACAUGUCUGAUCUACUAUACAUGUCUGAUCUCUACAUGUCUGAUCUCUACAUGUCUGAUCUACUAUACAUGUCUGAUCUACUAUACAUGUCUGAUCUACUAUACAUGUCUGAUCUCUACAUGUCUGAUCUACUAUACAUGUCUGAUCUACUAUACAUGUCUGAUCUACUCUACAUGUCUGAUCUACUAUACAUGUCUGAUCUACUCUACAUGUCUGAUCUACUAUACAUGUCUGAUCUACUAUACAUGUCUGAUCUACUAUACAUGUCUGAUCUACUAUACAUGUCUGAUCUACUAUACAUGUCUGAUCUCUACAUGUCUGAUCUACUAUACAUGUCUGAUCUACUAUACAUGUCUGAUCUACUAUACAUGUCUGAUCUACUAUACAUGUCUGAUCUCUGCAUGUCUGAUCUACUAUACAUGUCUGAUCUACUAUACAUGUCUGAUCUACUAUACAUGUCUGAUCUACUCUACAUGUCUGAUCUACUAUACAUGUCUGAUCUCCACAUGUCUGAUCUACUAUACAUGUCUGAUCUACUAUACAUGUCUGAUCUACUAUACAUGUCUGAUCUACUAUACAUGUCUGAUCUCUACAUGUCUGAUCUACUAUACAUGUCUGAUCUACUAUACAUGUCUGAUCUACUAUACAUGUCUGAUCUCCACAUGUCUGAUCUACUAUACAUGUCUGAUCUACUAUACAUGUCUGAUCUACUAUACAUGUCUGAUCUACUAUACAUGUCUGAUCUACUAUACAUGUCUGAUCUCUACAUGUCUGAUCUACUAUACAUGUCUGAUCUCUACAUGUCUGAUCUACUAUACAUGUCUGAUCUCUACAUGUCUGAUCUACUAUACAUGUCUGAUCUACUAUACAUGUCUGAUCUACUAUACAUGUCUGAUCUCUACAUGUCUGAUCUACUAUACAUGUCUGAUCUACUAUACAUGUCUGAUCUACUAUACAUGUCUGAUCUACUAUACAUGUCUGAUCUCUACAUGUCUGAUCUACUAUACAUGUCUGAUCUACUAUACAUGUCUGAUCUACUAUACAUGUCUGAUCUACUAUACAUGUCUGAUCUCUACAUGUCUGAUCUACUAUACAUGUCUGAUCUCUACAUGUCUGAUCUACUAUACAUGUCUGAUCUACUCUACUCUACACGUUGACACGGUCAUUGUUUUAAAAUAAGACAUCGUGGUUAAGUUUAAAAAAGGACCCAGACACACAGGGGUUUAAUGCUGGCUAGAAGUAAGCUGCUGUUAGUGUGAGUGAAGUGUGAGCGUGUGUGUGAGUGUCUAUACAUGUGUCAUUAUGAUGUGUGACAGAGGCAGUGAUGUGGAGUGUGUGUGUGUGUGUUUGUGUUUGGGCGUGUAGACAGACGUUGAGGAGCAGAUCUGUAGACCUGUAGAACAGGGGUAGGCAACUAGAUUCAGCCGCGGUGGGCCGGAACAUAAUUAUAAUAAUUUGUACACUGCAAAUUGAC